AUGACAGUCACAACCCCCUCCCUUGUCUGGGUCGUGACAGGCUGCAGCUCUGGUUUCGGCAACGAACUCGUCAAAUCCAUUAUCAGUCAUGGCGACAAGGCUAUUGCAACAGCUCGCAAUACCGACUCGAUCAAAGAUCUGGAGGCCUUGGGGGCAACGACAUUGCAGCUGGACGUCUCUUCCUCAGCCGAUGAGUUGGUUCAGAGAGUCAAAGAAGCUAUUGCAGUCCAUGGCCACAUCGACGUGAUUGUCCACAAUGCUGGUGUGACGCAGUUUGGCGCCGUCGAGGAUUUGACUACGGACAUGCUGCUCCGACAGUUGCAGACGAACACCUUCGGACCACUGAACCUGACCAAAGCCAUCUUGCCACAUUUUCGCGAACGUAAGACCGGGCACGUCGUUCUCGUCAGCUCGUCGACGGUGUGGACUGACGGGCCCGGACUAGGGGGCCAUAUAGCCAGCAAGGCUGCUGCUGACGCCCUCUUCUCAACCAUGGCUCUCGAAAUCCAAUCAUUCGGUAUCAAGACCACCAUCCUCCAACCCGGUAGUUUCCGCACAAAUAUCGCACACCCAGGCCACUUCAACUUCCCACCCUCAACCGCAUACAAAGAGACCAUGGACUGGAUGGAAAAGCAUCUUGCUGAGUUGCAUGGCACUCAGCAAGGUGAUCCAGCUCGGUUUGGUGAAGUCGUCGUCGAUCUCGUCAAGGGCCAAGGUUACGCUCAGGACAAGGAGAUUCCGAUGAAGCUUGUCGUAGGAAGCGAUGUGUGCACCUUCAGGAAGACCUGGCUGGAAAGCGAGAAGAAAAUGCUCGAAGAGUGGGAGCCUCUCGUUGGCAGUACAAACUUUGGGGCCAAGCCGUACGAGGCGAGAAAGCAUGAUGAGUCGCUGCCAGAGCCUUGGAAGGAAUUGAAGAAAUGA